GUUGCCUCCAUUUGCUGUGAGUUGCCUGGCAGUCAGACAGUUUUUCGUGGAGAGCUUUUUGCAGCAGGAAAAAAGGGCGGCAAACACGAGGACAUCUGGCACACUAUCACUGAAGAGGAUGGUUUUAAAAGAUUGCGGCCCUUUUGGAUCCGUUCUCACUUGAAGCUUGAGCAAUUUGAUAAAGUGUUUGGUUUUGAAAACAGGUGGCGCUUCAAUAUCAAUCAGACAGCAGAUGCUCUGUGCGGCAAGUUUGCACAUGAACUGGUGGAUGCUACUUUCGUUGCCAAGCUUCGCAAGCAGGAUACAGUUGCUGAGCAGGUACUCUGUUGCCUUGCCAGUCGUGUUGAGACUAUCUUGUCUGCGAAGUCUCCGAACCAGCAUCCCACCAUUAUCAAGGGCAUUAAGCAUAGCCAGGUGACUCAAGCGUGCGACAUUCCGGCCAUGACUGGUACGGCCAAACCUUUGCCUGGGGUUCAACGUACUUGCAAGAAAAAGGUUGGUGCUAAUGUUGGCCAUGGCCACACCCAGACUAGAGAUGAGUGGUUCACCAGCCUGGUGAAUGAAGGUGGACUCUCCAAGCAUGAGUGGGU